AUGGAUCCGAUCUUAGAUGGCUUGAAUCACGCCCAGCGAGAAGCUGUCACAUCCUCGGGGUCAAUCCUCCAAGUACUCGCACCACCCGGCUCAGGCAAAACAAAAACCUUGACCGCGCGCGUCGCGUACCUCCUCUCGCACCACGGAUAUGAACCUCAAGAUGUUAUCUGCUGUACUUUCACGAUCAAAGCCAGUCGUGAGAUGCGCGAGCGACUCGCAAAGCUUAUCGGCGAAAAACUCGAGUCGCGCUUGAUUCUCGGCACUUUCCAUUCCAUCUGUCGUCGGUACUUGGUCAAGUACGGAUACUUGAUCGGCCUACGGAAGGGAUUUGGCAUUGCGGAUUCGGAUGAUACCCGUGCAAUUAUAAGAAGAACUAUUAAACGACUGAAAUCUAGCAUUGAAGUCAAGGCGGCGCAAAGCCGAAUUUCUCGACAUAAAGCACAUGGACUUAGUCCUGAUGCUCUGGCUGAUAGAGCCAAGGCAGAGGAGUUGGAGCUUGUUGAUAUCUAUCGUGAAUACGAAUCGGCACUAGCGGCCUCCAAUCUCUUGGAUUAUGAUGACCUCCUUCUACGAUGUGGAGAUCUGCUCCGAGAGCAUCCACAAUGUGUCUCGAAUGUGCAGGCCGUCUUGGUGGAUGAGUUCCAGGACACCAAUAUUAUACAAUACGAACUGAUGAACCUUUUUGCAUCUAAGAACAGACGGAUUACCAUCGUCGGAGAUCCAGAUCAAAGCAUCUACGGAUUUCGUUCUGCAGAGAUUCAGAAUCUCAAGCGAAUGCAGCGGCUAUAUACAAACACGACGGUUGUACUCUUGGAAGACAAUUACCGUUCUGCGGGCUCUAUCUUGAAUGCAGCCCAAGAAGUGAUUGAGCAGGAUACGAGUCGCCCUGCAAAAGCACUCCUAGCUACGCACACCUUCGGAACCUUACCUGUGCUGAGACGGCUCCCCAAUCCUAACGCAGAGGCGCAGUGGAUGGUCCUUGAGAUCAAGCGAUGUGCAGCGAUGACCGGCGGUCUACUGCGUAUGUCCGACUUUGCUGUCCUGCUUCGGUCGGCUUCGCUGUCUACACAAAUCGAAACGGCCUUUGGAAGAGCGGGUAUACCGUACAAGAUGGUUGGGGGCCGAAAAUUCUUCGACCGAACUGAGGUCAAGAUUCUUCUCAAUUAUAUGAGGGUCGUGAGCCACACGGGACAUUCAGACGCGUUGAUGAAUAUUGUGAAUGUUCCGCCACGAAGGAUUGGUGACGAGACAAUCAAGCAAUUGACUAGUGGUGCGGAGAAGGCCAACAUUCCGCUGUGGAACUUCAUCAAGGACGUUGUCCAAGGGCGCCGUUCAACGGAGAAGAAACUGCAAAAGGCCGCAGAGCAGGGACUUUGCGUUCUAGUCAAUUUGAUUGAAGCAUCUAGACAGAAGUUGCAAGAGUGUGAGGAUGCAUCGGCUCCACGUAUUCUGAUUGAAUUCAUUGCCGAACGUCUCUCAUUUCAGGAGUAUCUCAUCAGAACGUAUCCCCUUGAUGAAGACAGUCGCUGGGCGAAUGUCAAGGAAUUGAUGCAUCAAGCCACUGAAGUCGCAGCAUUUGAAGAGCAGGAGGUUGAUAAAGAAAUGGAUCUCCCUGUAAUCGAAGGUGUGGAGCAGCAGCAGGCGCAUCCUGGCGAGGAGGCUCUCACUCGGUUCCUGGCAAAUGUAGCCUUGGCUACGGAGAUCACAACUAAAGAAGAAGCAAAGGACGGAGACAAACCGACGGAGAAAGUCACCAUAUCAACUAUUCACGCUGCCAAGGGCCUGGAGUGGCCAGUUGUGUUUGUUCCCGCUGUAUACAACGGGAGCAUUCCUCACUCGCGUGCCGAGGUGGUAGAAGAAGAGAGACGAUUGCUGUAUGUCGCAAUGACAAGAGCACAGGCCCUGUUAUACCUGAGUAUCCCUAUUCGACAACCCCGGUUAGGAGAAGGAGAAGAUGGCGCGACCACUUUGACUCCAUUCCUUCCUCCCAAGCUCACCAAAUCACGCUUUCGGGCAACGGGGCCGUCUCUUCAUGAGAAGGUGGUGUAUGCAAUUGCCGAUAUUCUGCGUCGCCCUCGGCCAUCCUUAGAGGACAUGUACAAGGGACUCGAGUUUCUUCCAUCGACGCUGGACGAUCGAUGGACACCCGAGGGCGAGGAAGACCGCAGCAAAAUCGAGGAUACAUCAGCGUCUCAUGACGCCUCCGGCGAGCCCAAUCCAAAGCGACGACGGUCAGACAUGAAUCAGGGGCCACAAUCGACCACCUACAUCUCAUCAACCGGGUAUACCAUGAAUAACUCGACAGGGUUUACAAUUCCUACAACCAUCUCGUCGGGCUUUACGUCUGCCCGAGAUUACAUAGCGGCCAACCCCGAACCUCCUGCACAGUCAGCUUCUAAGCCUCCGGAUGCAGAUACAAACGCAGCUGGGCCAAACAAGCUGAAACCCAGUGCCAGUCGUAAAGAUGGACUCUCACAAGCAAGCAUAUCCAACUUUUUCGCAGGCCCAUCCCUCCAGAAAAGGGAACCAGUUCUGCCUAACUAUCCACAGCCACCCGGAAGAUACGAAGGGCCACCGUCACAGAACCAACACUCAGGGGCAAGACCCAUUGUCCCAGCUCCUCUCUCCUCACACCGUGUCCAGCCACGACCACUCGUCCCAACACGACCAACCCUGGAGCCUACGAACCCAAAUGGUUACACGUGGCUGGCGGCUCCAUCAAAACCAACCCUGAAACCUGCCAGGGUGUCGAUGACGCAGGAACAGAGCGGCAACAAUACAUCCGCAGACGGGACAGCCGGGACAGACGAGGUGAGACCCGAGAGCUCCACCGGGUUCCGGCCGGUAACGACGUUUCACAGCACCACGAUGUCAACUCUACAAGCGCCACGACGGACAUUAGGAAUUCGACGGAGUAUGAACGGGUGGCAAGACCGGAUGAAGCGAGAGGGGGGAAGCUAA